CGCUUUCGCUUUAUGUGUUCACCAGUUGUGUAAACGUGGUUAUAUAACGCAGAAAGUUUGCCUCAGCCACAUUUGAGCUUUUCGGGACUUUUUCAAGUUAAGUCUUUUCAGUCUUCAGAUUUACAUUUACUACCAGAACCUGUACCGUUAGACCUUUAACAUUUGGCCAUGGAAUUUCUGAAGUCAUACAAGGAGGACCUGUGCAAGUGGUUAUCGACGAUGGAUGCUGAGUUUAUCAUUGACAAGUGUGACGAUCUCCUAACAGCUAAACAGGAUAAGGCUAUUCGCAAUCAAAAAACGGACCCAGGGAAGAUCAGUCUUCUUUUGGAGACAUUCAUUGAAAUGGAAGAAAGUACAUGUCAGGACUUCCUUAAGAUUCUGAAGGACGAGCAGACACAUUAUCCAGGCCUUCAACAACAUUUCAGCAAGAGCACACAAGCUUCAUCCAGCCCAAAGGUGUAUGCGGAUUGCAACAGCACUGUUGAUACCAGGAAAGUCACCAAUGUCCGCGGUAUUAAAGACUUAGACAUGCAUGUAACCGUUCAAGCAGGAUCGGGGAAUCGAUCUGGAAUGAACGUCAGCCAACCACCCCCACAUGCAGAAGUGGUUGCAACAAAACACAGCCAUAUAUUUGCAUCAGAGAUAUCGAACUGUACAAUCGAUGGCAACCUCAAUAUGUCUGUGAUGCAGGUCCCAGCCCCCCAGGCCUCACAGUGUCCAGUGCCACCACAGCAAACAGAAGAUGUGUCCUCUUCUCAGGGCCCUGCCAUGAAAAUGAUCAUUGAGAAUAAGGUGAAACUCAUCGACUGGCUCCGAGCAGAUUCAGGCUUCCUUCUUCAACAUGUGCACUCCAAACGUAUUGUUACCGAUAGAGAGUAUCAAGAGCUGAAGAGCCUCUCAGUACCAGAGGCUGCUGUGACCGACCUGAUUGACAAGAUCAUUCUCAAAAAGGAAGAGACAUGCUCUCAGUUUCUUGAUACUCUCAAAGAAAGUGAGGUGAAUGACACCUAUCCCGAACUUAAGAAGUGGAUUACCACCAUAUUCUGACUAGGACCAUCACAGCCCAAGAACAUGACAUAUUCUCCAUCGAUCUCUUCAAUUUCAGACAAACGUGGAUUUUUGAAAAGAAACCGCACAGCUCUGGUUAGCCAGGUGAAAAACGUGAAGGCCAUUGUCGAUGAUCUGCAGAGUGGAGGUUGUCAUGAUGAAAUGGCUGCCAUCGUGAAUGCCCAGUUGACACCACAAGAAAUGAUGAGGAAGCUCCUGGAUAGCGCGACCAGCACCGGGGCUGCUAACGCCCUGAUUCAAGCCCUUUUAACUCAUCAGAAGGAUGUCAUGGAUGACCUGAUUGCUGAAAAUGCUUGAAGAGGUCAAUUGGUUCUUCAUUUUAAUUUAUCUAUUUUUUUAACCUUUUUUCUAUCACUUUCUUAUUCAUCUUAGCCACCAGCCUGGUCUCAUAAACUAGUAAACUUACAUCUGGGACACUCAGAAUAGUAUAAUAUGCUACAGUACAUUUGGUACUGUAUGUUUACAUUAAAUGAAUGUAGAGUGGUUGGUUAGGGUGGAUGAGUAUGAUGCAACCUGUCAACUACUUACUACAUUGAACCUACUUAGCAUGUUAGCUAACCCUUCCCCUAACUCUUAACCCUAAUCUUAACUCCUAACACUAACCCUAGCUAACAUUAGCCACAACAAAUUGGAAUUCAUAACAUAUCAUACGUUCUGCAAAUUGGUAACAUAUAUUACAAAUUGAAAUUCAUAACUUAAAUAUCAUACAAAUUGUAAUUUGUAACAUAUCAUAGGAAAUGGAUGAUGGACAUCCACAAAUUAAUACAUUCCAUACGAAAGGUAACAUACCAUACGAAUUGGCUGUCCCAGAUAUAUAUUUACUCUGUUACGUCUACCCCUGAGUCCAGGCUGUUGCCACGUGUAAUUAUUGGUGGUGGUGCUAUUUUUUAUUGACAAAACCGGGACAAUAUAAUAUUUUAAGGGGAAACAUUUCUAUAAAAAAUGCAAGACAAUAUAUUUUGAUUAUGUUGACUAUGGUUCUUUACAUUCCAAAUAUAAAAUGUAACGGUGCAGUUUGAAGAUUUACCGCCACAUUACCUUUAAAUGAAAUGUUGUUGAACUACUUACGUUGUCAACCACCAAGAAAGAGAGGUCCAAUAAAUUAGACUGAAAUAAACAUC